AUGCCAGGGUCCACAGGUGAGCUGGCAACUUCUGGUCAGCCAAGCGGCCCGACAGAGCCGCAGAAGCCCACUGACCAGGGCAAGCCAGAGGAAUCAGUGGAAUCUGAAGCUCCUGAACCGCGUGCGCCCAAGCUCUCCCGGAAACUCUUGGAGCUUGCCCUUAAGAACUUUGCGGACCACCAUGGUGUAGAUGUGGCAAGGGUGACCGAAAAGGAAAUUGCCGCUUCCAAGGAGGGGGUCUACUACUGGGCAACAUGCAACAUGGAUGUUUCUGCGCGAGGCGCAGGAGCACAGGCCAUGAACAGGGCAUUCAAGCAGAAUGCUGAUUUGAAGGCUAGCUACGCUAUCUUGACUGAUUCGCUGAAGCAGCAGUUCAGGCGUGCCUGGAUGUGUGAGAAGUCUUUCGAUUUCAUUCACACAUCCCGAUCUACUGUGAACAAGUUCAUCAAGCGAAGGGAUGAGGCUGGAACCUUCAAGACCCAGCUUCAGAUUGUCAUGAUACUUGGCGGAGCUGAUCAGCCAACUGCAGUUGCCCAAGCCCAGUGUUACGUGGACAUGUGCUUGCAGCCGUCCUUGAAGGCGGAUACCUACUUCUGGGUAGAAACCCUUGUCACAACCUCCAACAUCACAGAGUGGGAGAACAAAGUGACUGUGGAAUGCCAGGAAGCCGCUCCAGACAGCUGGACUGCACAAGUGGAGGUAUGCAAAGCCUUGAGAGCCUAUGCGUGUGAGAGGGGCAUGAAAUUGGCUGAUGUCACCGAAGCGGAGGUUCGUGCUACUUCUUUGGGUCUUCCCGGUUGGGCCAAGCUUUAUGAUUCCCGCCCAGCUGCAUGGCCGAAGCCAGGGUGCGAUG